CCUUUUCCGCGCAGGCGCAGAUGCGGCAGCCGCUGGCGUCCUCGCAGAUUCGUAGUUGAGGACCCGCGGGAGCCUGCCCUUCACGCUCGAAAAUUCCGACAGCUCCGCCUAAGGGCGGGGACUGGAGCUCGCGGCCUCCGGUCGGCUAUGACGGCGCUGGAUCAGGAGCCGCGGGACCUUAGCGAAUCAGCGGCGGGGAAUCGGCGGCGCGAGAUCACGAGCGUGGCGGCUGCUGCACUUCCUGGUCUGGAUAGGGGCUGGAGCCUGUCCGUAGGAUGGAUCCUGCGCUCUCUGUGGUCCGACUGACCGUAAGGGAAGCCAUUCACACCCUUUCGUCUUCCGAGGACUGUGGCCUCAUUCUUUCCACCCUGAGGUUCCUGAAGCGGUAUCUGGGAGAAACGGAGGAUCCAGCCCUCCCCGAGGAACAGGAGGAGUUUGCGACUGUCCAUUUUUCUGCCUUUCUCAGAUGUCUGGUCAUAAAGCUAAGCCCAGUCUGGCUGGAGCUGUCGCCUGACGGCCAGUUGGAGGAGCUCUGGGACAGCUUUUUCCUGAAAGGCCCCGCUGACCAAGCCUUCUUAGUACUGAUGGAGGCUCUUGAGAGCACUGCAGGCCCUAGCUUCUGUCUGAUGAAGAUGGCCCAGCUGCUGGCAAAUUUUCUGAGCCAGAGAAGGAUGGCAGCUUUGAUGGAGGAGCAGUGUCGGCCACAGAAGAAGCCUGGCUUCACCCUCUUGCAGGAGACACUGCUUAACAAGGUGGUGGGCUUGCCUGAUCACUUGGGCAACCGCCUGCAGCAGGACAACCUGGCCCUGUUCUUCCCCCAAAACUAUUUUCCUUUGCUCGGCGAGGAGGUGGUUCGGGUGCUACAGGGGAUUGUGGAUGCUCUACGAGGUGGCCUGGACUGCUCUGUCUCCUUCAUGUCUCGGGUCCUGGGGAAGAUCUGCAUCCAGGGGAGACAGAAAGAGAUCCUGGAUGUGUUGGUGCCCCAGCUGACAGUGCUCACCCAGGGCAGCUGCCUGUGGCAGCGGGUCUGCUGGCGCCUGAUGGAGCAAGUACCUGACCGAACCAUGGAGGCUGUGCUGAUAGGACUUGUGGAGGCUACUCCGGGCAGGCCUGAAGUUCUGUCACGAUUGCUGGGAAACCUGGUGGUGAAGAGCAAGAAAGCCCAGUUUGUGAUGACCCAGAAGCUUCUGUUCUUGCAGUACCAGCACACGACACCCAUGCUUCAGAGCCUGCUGGGGUAUUUGGCCAUGGACAGCCAGCGGCGGCCGCUCCUUAUACAGGCACUGAAAGAGUUGCUGGAGACAUGGGGCAGCAGCAGUGCUGUUCGACAUGCACCUGUGACACAGCAGCACUAUCUGAGCGCAGCCAUCCUAAUCUGCCUGGCACACCUAAGGGAGCCAGAGCUUCGGGACAGUCAGGAUGAAUUGCUGGCCAGCAUGAUGGCAGGUGUGAAGUGCCACCUUGACAGCAGUCUUCCCACUGUGCGCCGCCUGGGUAUGAUUGUGGCAGAGAUCAUCAGUUCCCAGAUCCAUCCUGAGGGCCCCCCCCUGAAAUUCCAGUAUGAAGAUGAUGAGCUGAGCCGUGAGCUGCUGGCCUUGGCCAUCCCCGGGACUUCGGACAGCAGCACCGUAUUGGCAGGAGGUUCAGCACCAGCCCCCACUGCCUCAGAGACCCUUGCAAAGACCAUGGAUGAUGGUGUAGAGUCUGCCAACGGGAGUGACCCCCAAGUUGGGCCACAAGGCUCUGACUCAGACCUGGACAGUGACGAUGAGUUUAUCCCCUAUGACAUGUCAGGGGACAUAGAGCUGAAGAGCAACAAGGCACCCUUGUAUGUCCGGGACUGCAUGGAAGUGUUGACCUCAUCUGAAGAUAUGGAGCGCUGGGAGGCAGCCCUGCGGGCCCUUGAGGGUCUAGUGUACAGGAGCCCUGAGGCCACUCGAGAGGUAAGUGUGGAGCUAGCCAAGGUACUGCUGCACCUGGAGGAGAGGACCUGUGUGUCGGGAUUUGAGGGUCUGCGCCAGAGAGCCCUGGUGGCUGUCAUAGUCAUGGACCCAGCCCGGGUGGCUGAAUAUCUGACCUCACAGUUCUACGCCCUGAACUACAGCCUAAGGCAGCGCUUGGAUAUCCUGGAUGUCUUGACUCUGUCAGCCCAGGAGCUAUCUCGGCCAGGGCACCUUAAGAGGCCUACCCAGCAGGUGUCCUGUGGCUCUGGAGCCCCAGUACUGGCUACCUCUCAGGCUGACUGCACUGGAGUUUCUGGCUGGCGAACAGUUGUGGAAGAGAGAAUCAGAAGCAAGACCCGGCGGUUUUCCAAGCAGGGCUUUCCCCGGAGGGAACUGGCAAGUAGCCCCAGUGAAUUCAACUCUGUGGCUGGAUACUUCUUCUUCCCCCUCAUUCAACACUUCGACAGGCCUCUGGUGACCUUUGAUCUUUUGGGAGACGACCAGUUGGUUCUUGGAAGACUGACUCACACCUUAGCGGCCUUGAUGUACCUGGCUAUUAACACCACAGUGGCCGUGUCCAUGGGCAAGGCCCUGCUGGAGUUUGUGUGGGUCCUUCGUUUCCAUGUUGACAUCUAUGUGCGCAGGGGCCUACUGUCUGCUGUAUCUUCCAUCCUACUCAGUGUACCUGCUGAGCGACUGCUAGGGGACCUGUCUGAUGAGCUGCUGGAAGCCAGGUCCUGGUUGGCAGAUGUGGCUGAGAAGGAUGUGGAUGAGGACUGCAGGGAGCAAGCAGUGAGGGCUCUGCUGCUUUUGGAGAGACUCAAGGACAGGCUCCUUCCCCUCUCUCAUUAGUCCUCGAGGCUUCCCACUAUUCAAGGCCCAGCUGGACCACUGCCACCAGGAAGACGGAGGGUCCAAAGAAUGGAGCUGGGGCAGCCUCUGGGCUAUGGAGCACACCCAGGUCUGGAUGGUGAUGGGGUACUGUGCGCACAUGCAACAAAGCCUGCACCCCACCCCUACAGCUGCCUAUAGCCUGGCAAGGCCUCACACUGCCUUCCACAGGAUAGGGCAGCCAGAAUGCUGUACUGGAGCUACGUUGAGGGAAACUACACUGAGAAAGCCAUAGAAUGGAAGAGGAGGUAGUUGUUCAGGGGCCCCAACACCCUCAUGUGGGGGUGCCAGACCAGCAGAGCAGACUUGGCCCUCUUGUGGGCUUCUCAUCACUGGGUCCCUGGGAGAAUAAACAGGGCAGCAGUGUCAUGAAGCCCUCCUUUGUGGUUCUCAAUGGGUGGAGAUGUCAGCUUCUACACAGACUCAGGUGCAGUGGGGAAUAACGACACGGGUCUCAGAAAAUAGCCUUUAUGAGUCAUAGGAGUGUCAUCAGGCAAUGUGUAGGGCUUGGUAUACCUGUUCCCCAUGCUGGUGACCAAAGCACACAGCUGUCAGGGCUCAGGCCUGGCCAUGGUGAUCCCUGCUAGGAAGUAGCCUAUUGUGUAUAGUUAGUAACAGGUGUCUCCAACCCCCAGGUACAGUCUCAGUUGUGAAGUUCUAGAAUUUUCCUAGGCUCCAUAGUCUAGUUGGUAAAACAUGGAAAAGAUGAAUCCAAGUUCCCUCAAAGGAGCUAAACCAGAAAUCCAUGGGAGCCACCCAGCUGCCAGAGGCAGGAGUACUGGGGGAUGAUUGAAAAUACAGGGUUGCCUUCCUUUUGUACAUGGAGAUGAGAAGACAGAGCAGUGCUCCCUCCUGUUCCUCCAGCCCUGCUUAGAUGUGACAAUAAAUUGGGGUUUUCAACAUAAAA